GGAUUCCCCUUUACAUCGUGUGUCUUGUCAAUUUGCUGGUUUGACACUCUCUGGGCCAACUUCAUUAAAUGCCACUUGUUAUAUAGUGAGAGCAUAAGAACGUUGCCAUGGAAAGGAACACCCUUUCUUCUUCCCCUCUUUGUUGUUAUGUUUGAAAUAAGCUGAGUGCUUGAUAAUUGACAAAGCUUGUUCUACUGAUAGUUGUAGGGUGUCUUCUAUAUAUAAGUUAGUUGUUUGGCUAGUUUUUCUUUUUUUUCAUGUAUUUUUCUUCUUCUGCAGUGUUGGUGGUAGGUCUAUGAUAUCUAUCAUACAGUUUGAAUGGACUGCAACAUGAGAUCUCCGUUUCUGUGGGACUUGGAGAAUUUGAUCUUGCCCAACUCGUCAAAGACUGAAAAUGACAAAGACCAGCUCACAACAGCUACCGAGUGGGAAACUGAGAAGGGUGAAGGAAUUGAAUCUAUGUUUCCUUGUUUCAAUGGCCUCGAGAGAGUCAGUAAUUGCUCUACCACCAGUCUCUGGCACACUCCUGUGUCCAAAAGCUCACAGUCCACCUCCACCAACUCAUCUUCUCCCGGAGUCAAACAACGCAUGCUUGCAUCAGAAAGUUCCCCUGGAGAUUCUUGCUGCAACAUCCAGGUGAAGGCAUCUGUUGCCUCUGCUGAAUCGGACCUUUCUUUGAAACUAGGAAAGCGCACAUACUCUGAAGAGCUUUGGGGUAGAAGCAACAAUAAUGACAUUUCUGCUGUUUCUGUGAAGCUCUUGACUCCUCCAUCUGUUGUUUCUCGAAAGAAAUCUAAAUCAUCAUGUGGUCAGAGCAUGCAAGUCCCGCGUUGUCAGAUUGAUGGAUGUGAACUGGAUCUCUCAUCUGCUAAGGAUUAUCAUCGCAAGCAUAGAGUCUGCGAGAACCAUUCUAAGUGCCCCAAAGUCACUGUGAGUGGCAUUGAACGUCGAUUCUGCCAACAGUGUAGCAGGUUCCAUGCUGUGUCUGAAUUUGAUGAGAAGAAACGAAGCUGCCGCAAACGUCUUUCUCAUCAUAAUGCGAGGCGUCGCAAGCCGCAAGGAGUAUUUCCAUUUAAUCCAGAUAGGGUGUACGAUCGAAGACAGCAUACAAAUAUGUUGUGGAAUGGUUUGUCUCUAGAUACAAGAUCUGAAGAAAAGUUUGCAUGGGAAACCACCUAUGAUAUAAAGCCUACACAGACGGAGAGCGGCUUUACUCUGAGCUUCCAGAGAGGUAAUGGCUCUGAGCAGCAGCUGUUUGCUAGUAGCAACCACUCUUACUCUACUUAUCAAACCUCAGGCGGGUUAUCAGCAGGGAAGCCUAAGUUUCAACUUCAUGGCCAAGGUGUGGGAGAAUACUCAGGAGUCCUCCAUGAAUCACAAGAAUUCCACCGUGCUCUCUCUCUUCUGUCAACUUCUUCUUCUGAUCACCUGGUCCAACCACAUGCACAGCCACUUUCUCUACUCUUUUCAUAUGAUGGUGUACCAAAAUAGAUGAGUAAGUAGUGUGAGCUUUGUAAAACCAGUUUAGCUUCGGUUAGUGGAUACUAAUCAAAACCAAUCAGAACAACUUCAUACUGUCUGCAUUUGUAUGGCGACUUGGGCUGCUUUCUUAUUUGUAUCCUUGUUUGGUUACCAGUUAGUAACAAAGACAAUUGUCAACAAAACACUAAACAUUGAAUAUAUGGCAAAGAAUCUGUGUACUUUAGGAUGCUGUCUGCUGUAAUUGUUCUCUAAUUGAAAAUGUAGAAAGACAUGA